AAGCACUUUCAAAUCAAUUACACAACAUAUGAUAUUCGCCACAACCAAGACACUUUGACACCAGGAUGCGGCUGCACUGUAAUGAUGUUGUCAAGGGAACAAGGCACAAACCCUCAUCCAUUCUGGUAUGCACAAGUUUUGGGUGCCUUUUGCAUACAGAUACUCCACAUUGGCCCAGAGGCUCGUGAUUGCUCUCUGCAAUUGAUGGAGUUCUUGUGGGUCUGGUGGCUUGGUGUAGUUCCGCAUUAUCGGUGGGGUUUCAAGGAAGGUCAGCUCCUGAAAGUCAGGUUCAUACCAGAUUCACCUGGUUCAUUCAGUUUCCUCAACCCUUCUCUUGUCCUCAGAGCUUGCCAUCUUAUACCAGCCUUUGCUGAUGGUUGCACAGAUGAACUCCUGCGACAUGGCCCCACAGUUGCACAACCAUUUGGAGAGCUAACCAACUGGGCUGCAUUCUAUGUUAAUAUGUGA